CUUUCUUCGCAAGCCAACUAAGCUCGAUCGAAUCGGACGAGCGACAAAAAAACCAGGCGAGGCCUUAAAAAUCAAGCAAGCUAAACGCUCUUACAUACGUACACAGAGAAGAAAGAAGGCGAAGAAGGUUUCAAGUACAAUCGUGAAUGACACCGAUCAAACUCCACUUCGAAGGCUACUCUACGUAAAUGGUAAAUUCACCAUCAGAACCUGCAUUGGACCGGGCAACACCAUUUUUGGCUGGGCUUGCAGUUGCUGCCGCUGCUCUUGCUGGUAGAUACGGAAUUCAGGCUUGGCAAGCAUUCAAGACACGGCAACCAAAACCUAGACUACGCAAAUUCUAUGAGGGUGGUUUCCAGCCUACAAUGACAAAAAGGGAAGCAGCUCUUAUUCUUGGUGUUAGGGUUAUGGAAAACAUAAAGAAAGGGUGGGCAUAUGUAAGGGAGAGUGCAACUGCGGAACAGAUCAAGGAAGCACAUAGGAGAGUAAUGAUUGCAAAUCAUCCCGAUGGAGGUGGUAGCCAUUACCUUGCUUAUAAAAUCAACGAAGCUAAAGAUGUGAUGCUCGGAAAGACAAAAGGCAGCGGAUCUGCAUUUUCAUAACCUUGAUUAUUGCUUCAAUUUAGUGGCAUCUGCAGGAAAGCAACACUUAUACUUCUCUUCUAUUGAAAAAUUCAGAUAGUCUACAAGCACAAAUGAGUUGCAAGAUUCAAUUGCGGUUAUAAAAUCCUUCAUCUCAUCUGUAGUAUUGGAUUACCUAAUACUUUGCUUGUAUGAAAUAUUUUGGUAUUGACACAGAUUCUCACCAAUUAACUGAGAGUUCUAUUGUGAAAUACAAGAAGUUGGAAUUCUUCUCCUU